UCAACUGACAGCGAAAAGAAAAGGAAAAGGAUUUUCUAGACUCGCGACACCACGCGCCUGCCUUAAUCGCAAAUAUAAUAUGGCAGGCAGAGGUACACACGAUAAUAAUAGAUAUGGAGAUCGGGCCCGUAAACCGCUCCCGACGGAACCACCGUACCUUGCGUACGUCGGCAACCUUCCCAACGGGGUCGUGCAGGGCGACAUUAACGCCAUCUUUAAAGAGUACGCGGUGAAGAGCGUGCGUCUAGUGAAGGACAAGGAAACGGACGUAUUCAAAGGCUUUUGCUACGUCGAGUUCGAUACUCUCGAGGAUCUGGAGAAGGUGCUCCAGCUGGAUGGCAUGAUAGUGCUGAACGAUCGACCGGAACCGCUGCGGAUUGAUGUGGCCGAGCAAAAGAAGAACGACCGUGGAGGUUUUAACAGGCGCGGUGGUCAACAGAAUCGUGGCGGACCCGGUGGACCAGGCAACGGUGGUGGUGGUGGCGGCGGCGGUGGCGGUUUCAACCGUGGCGGACCUAACCAGAUGAAUAAUCGGCCGAUCGGCAGUGGUGGUGGUGGUGGCGGCGUCGGUGGCGGCGGAAGUGGUGGUAUGGAUAGAAAUUAUAGUAACGAUUACUCCCGAAACGAUUACGAUAGAAACCGCGGUGGACGUCCGAAUAACUAUAAUGACCGGGCACCGAACCGAGGGAGGUACGGAAACUUUGGCGACGAGCGGGAUGGCGGUGGUCGCGACGAAUGGAGCCGCGAUAACGAUCGCGAUGGAGGACGGGACGGGCGUGGCGGUGCUGGCGGUGGUGGUCGCUACAACGAUCGCGACAACUACGGUCGCGACGAUGGCAAUAGGUACGGCAAUUAUGGUCGUAAUAAUCAAUACCGAGACAACGACCGAAGAAAAGACGCUGCGCCGUCCAACUACCCGCCACCCUCCAACCCCAAUCUCAACAUGGAGGAACGGCCCCGGCUGAAGCUGGCCCCGCGCUCGACGAACGCGCCGCUGAACGCGCUGGCAGAAACGAAGCAAUCGGCCGCCAUCUUCGGCAAUGCGCGGCCACGCGAGGAGAAGCUCGGCGGUCCGGAAACUGGGCGGAAGCACGCGAACAGCGUCGGCAGCGAGGGCAGCAGUGCGGACGGUGGUGGCAGCGGCGGCGGCGGCGGCGGCGGUGGCAACAGUGCAUCCUCCAGCGCAACGGGGGGCGAUAAUUAAGCAGAGGAGGGAAAGACGUAUGCAACACAGCUACAGCUAUCGAGAGCGAGACGGUGAAGAGACACAAUGCGCACUAUCGGAAAUGGAUGAGAGUUACGCUGAUCACAGUUGGCUGAUGCAAGUUACGAUCUACGGGCGGCGAUCGAGCGGCUCCUAUUUGGUUAAUAAGUGUUCCGUAUUGCCAGUAUGCCGUUCCGGUGGUAAAACAUAAUGCACAUUUCGGUAGAGCUUUUGGCAAAGUGGUGGUGCACACUACCACCAACAUCCCUUUCCUCCUGCCCAGUAAGUCUGAGUUGUUGUGGUCCCUGUUCGAUGGGGAAAGGUAGAUCCUUUUAUCUUUGUGUUUUUUGUGUGUGUGUGUGUGCGUGUGUGCGUGUGUGCGUGUGUGCGUGCGUGCGUGCUUUAGUUUUUCCUCCCAGUUCGUUCUUUCUUGUAAGCAAAUCAAACAAACAAACAAAUCAACAUUGACGCAAACACACAACUAACCAAGGGAUGCGUGUUUUUCUUCUUCAUUCAGUGGCUUUUUCGUUGUUACAACAGGUCUCCCCUCUCCAUGUACACUUCCCUAUUUUGUUGUGUAUGUAUAAAAUGUACCCCUUUAAAAACAAUACAGUAUGCAAUCGUGGCGUUUUUUU